AUGAUGUCCGUUACUACGGCCACUCUCUACCGUGUGCUAACCCAGCGAAACCUGCCAAAUCGACGUACCCUCGGCAAACAAAACCCAUACUGCAUUGCGCGAAUCGCCCACGAGGCCAAAUCAUCCCCUCCAGACAUCAGAGGAGGCCAAAUUCCUAAAUGGGAUCACGAAGUGCGUUUCAACCUGAGAGACAACGCAGAACAAAAACAGCUGAAACUCACGGUGCUGGACAAGAAUGACAGCAAGCCCGAGCUCAUUGGCGACACGGUGCUCGACCUUCAACCCGUCUUUGACUCCAACCCCAGAGAUGGCUUUGACCAGUGGCAUGAACUCACAUACAAGGGCAAGUAUGCCGGAGAGGUCUACCUAGAGAUGACUUUCUACCCUACAAAACCAAACAUUCCCCCAAAGGUGGAGAGACAGAAGAAGAAGAAGAAGUCGAAGAAGAAGAAUUCCGCCAAUACUGGUGCUGACCCCCUCAUGCAGUCAACCAUGUCAGCUAUUCCUUCAGACCUACCUCCAGGAAUCGUACCUGCUGGAACCGGCUCGUUCAACGACCCCAGAGCAUUUGAUCAGUACGUUCCCCCGGGCUACGCAGGCCAUGCUAGCGUCAACGCCUCCGGUCUGCCUUCUCUGCCAAACCAGUCACUUCCUAACCACUCCAUGCCAGCCCUUCCCUCUCAGGCGAUGAACCAUUCCGUCUACGGAGCAGGCCCAGGCCCAGGAACCCCGCCUCCUAUGGCAAACUCCGUGAACUCUUACCCCAUGGGCCAGUCUAUGACAGCUUCGCAUUCAAUGCAUGCUCUGGGACACAGCAGACCUCUGCCCGAAGCUGUUCCCGAGCGGUCUCUUCCGGACCCGCGGAUGAGCGACUCGAGACUCCCAGAUCCCCGUAUGAGUGACCCUAGACUUCCGACCAUCCCGGAUCCAAGAAUGGUAGCUCAGGAUCCACGAAUGGACCCUAGACUUGUAGGACAGGACCCCAGAACACCCACUCAUCGAUCUUCUGGUCCAGUUAAUCUUCCCAGCGUGCCCACGACUCCUUCUCCAUACAGAGAACCGCUGUCGCACUCUCGAUCUGCAGACCCCAUCAGAAGACAAGGCAACAGUCCGGUAGUGUCGUCUCCAAGAUACACGCAAGGAGGUUACGCUAGCAACGGGUCUCCUCUGCGACCGUCUUCUGCUGGCUACGAUCAAAGCGCGUCUUCGUCGUAUGGAAGACCGUCUUCUGCAGGUAUGGAUAUGCCUCCUACUUCUACAGCUGCCCGGUACGACAUUCCCGAACCUCUGCGACAAUCGGGACACGGACGACGCUCUUGGGGAGCAGGAGAUAGUUUUCCACAGGCCCACGAUUCACGACACACUCCUCCUUUGCGAGUUAAUCGGUCUCAGAAUGGAAUGAACGGCCGAGACGACGAUCUUGACUUGACUGUCAGCAUGCUCAAAAACUCGUACGGAGGACGGUCAGUUGGAGCUUCUCCUGCCCAUGUCCCUUCAAUCCCCACAACUUAUGAACGAGAUAGAGCUUAUGAUAGAGGUUUUGAAGCUGUUCCUGGACCUGCAGGACAAACCACGUACUCUCCUCGAGGCUCCACGGGCUCAUAUUCUCAAGGGGGAGGUCUCAACAGCUCUGGAUAUUCGCCCCGAACGUCUACAAACAGUCACAUGACAUCCUCCACAAACACAAUGUACUCUGAUGAUGAUGGAGGAGACAAUCAGUACAAACGCUUCCUUAACCACAAGGCGCCUGCCCUUGAUCUUCCCAAGAUUCCUACGUCUCCUGCGCAGGGUCAGUAUGGCUUCAGCGUCAAGAGAAAGCCCGUGGGGAGUGGUGCAUCCCCUGAGAAACCCUCUACUCCUCAGCCCGCUCAGGGUGAUGUCAUGUCGUACGCCAUGCAGCGAAAGAUGGCUUCUCUCUCUCUGGAGGGGGACAUUCCGUUUUCUCCAGACUCGUACUCAAAGCCUAGCUCACAGCAGCACCCAGGCACUCAUGCGGACAACCCCAAUGGGCUCUCCGGAGACGAUAUUCUAGAUGUGUCUACGUAUGCUCCUGAGCCUGCCAGAGGGCCCACUAGACGUCUUCCUACAGUUCCUGCAGGCCAAGUGGACCCUGGACAUGCGGGAUACAAGGGCGAAGGCCAGUGGGAUAUUUCCGACCAGCUCAACGCGAAGUAUUCGGACUCUGUGUUCCAUGCAGUUACUCAGAAGAAGAAGGUGAGUCGACCUCCUCCUCCUCAGGAAAUGUAUCGCAAGCCCCAGCUGCCUCCCAAGAUUCCUCUCGGCAUGACUCGAGAUGAGUACUACGUAGCCGAGCCGGAGUAUGAUGGCUACCAGGGCUAUUAA